AUGGAUUCGCUCUCGAUUCCUUCAGCGAUCCCGUCUCCCUCCAUCCUCUCCCCCAAAAGAAAACGAGCCGGAUCUCGGUCCCGACUCCGACAACACCGGCCUCGUCCCCUUCUUCAAGAAUCCGAGCUCCCUCUCCCCCCUCUCCAACGAUUCGGCGAUGGGUUUGGUAUUGAGCGCGGCGGUCGGGAGAGGCUGGGGCCGCCCGCGCCUGGACCCGGGUCGGAUUCGGGCGAUCGGCCCGUGUCGACCUUUCCUUGGUCUCUCUUCACCAAGUCCCCUCGCCGCCGGAUGCGCGUGGCUUUCACGUGCAACGUCUGUGGACAGCGCACCACUCGCGCCAUCAAUCCCCAUGCCUACACCGACGGCACCGUCUUCGUUCAGUGUUGUGGAUGCAAUGUGUUCCAUAAGCUAGUGGACAAUCUGAAUCUAUUCCAUGAGAUGAAGUGCUAUGUGAGCCCAAGUUUCCCGUACAAAGGGAACUUGCGCUUCAAUUUUCUCGAUGGGGAUGAUGAUGAUAAUGAUGAGAACAUAUUCCCCAUUUUGUAAAGGAGAGAGGAGAAAGAAUUGGUUAGUUGAUCCAUCCAUUUAGUCUCUGUAUAUGGUAGUAGUAAAAAUUAGCAGGGUUUUCCUUGACAUUUGAAAAUUUACAUGUUAAUAUUUGUAAAUAUUAUCUUGUGCUGUUUAGGGUCGCAUGUGUCUGAUAUCUAAUACUAUGUAAUAAAGUGACAUGUCAUUUAUGUACCUGUUUAGCCACUUGA